AACCGGAUCCGUGGAGCCGUUAACGGCCGCAGCGACACUGUGCGCCCCACAACGACCUCUCCAAUCACUCUCCACUGACCCUGCGCGACAGACAGCCUUCUUCUACUGUCUCCAUCUGUGGCGGUGUGUCAGCUAAUGUCAACCUGAGCCGUCUCAGCCGUCGCUUUGCCUUCGCUGGCCAAGCUAAAAGCUAAAAGCGCGUUUAGCCAGGUUAGCUUCCUGAAGCUAACUAGCUCCGGCUGCCCAUCCGCGAACAGUUAGCCUGUUAGCCUAGCCUAGCCUAGCCUAGCCUAGCCUAGCCUAGCCUAGCCUAGCUAAAGGAAAAAAGAAAACCUCUCCCCUUUUUUUAAAAAAACUUGACACAAGUGGCGCCGGCUUGUUGCUGACAAGCUAAAAAAAAAAAAGAAAAAGAAAAGAACCCGUGUGUCCGCCAUGUCCGGACAGUCGUCGGGCUGCGGGUUCCUGAUGUCGGUGGUGGUCCACGGAGACUCGGCGCUGAACGAGCAGGAGAAGGAGCUGAACCAGCGGCUGCGACGGCUCUACCCCGCCGUCAACGAGAGCGAGACCCCGCUGCCCCGCUCCUGGAGCCCGAAGGACAAGUUCAGCUACAUCGGGCUCUCUCAGAACAACCUCCGUGUGCACUAUAAAGGUCAUGGAAAAACCCCCAAAGAUGCAGCGUCUGUACGGGCCACCCACCCCAUCCCAGCAGCCUGCGGGGUCUACUACUUCGAGGUGAAGAUCAUCAGCAAAGGCCGAGAUGGGUACAUGGGCAUCGGCCUCUCCGCUCAGGGUGUAAACAUGAACAGACUCCCCGGUUGGGACAAGCACUCAUACGGUUACCACGGAGACGACGGCCACUCCUUCUGCUCCUCCGGCACCGGGCAACCCUACGGACCCACGUUUACGACGGGCGACGUGAUCGGCUGCUGCGUUAACCUCAUCAACAAUACCUGCUUCUACACAAAGAAUGGCCACAGCCUAGGUAUUGCCUUCACAGACCUACCACCUAAUUUGUACCCGACCGUGGGCCUUCAGACUCCAGGGGAGGUGGUGGACGCGAACUUCGGCCAGCACCCCUUUGUGUUCGACAUCGAGGACUACAUGCGUGAGUGGAGGACAAAGAUCCAGGCCCAGAUCGACCGCUUCCCCAUCGGAGAGCGCGAGGGCGAGUGGCAGUCUAUGAUCCAAAAGAUGGUGGCUUCCUACCUGGUUCAUCACAGUUAUUGUGCCACGGCUGAAGCCUUUGCCAAAUCCACAGACCAGGCCGUGCACGAGGAGCUGGCCUCCAUAAAAAACCGACAGAAGAUCCAGAAGCUGGUGUUGUCAGGUAGAAUGGGCGAGGCCAUCGAGACCACCCAGCAGCUCUACCCCAACCUCCUGGAGAGGAACCCAGACCUUCUCUUCAUGCUCAAGGUGAGACAGUUCAUAGAGAUGGUGAACGGGACGGACAGCGAGGUGAGGUGUCUCGGAGGUCGCAGCCCAAAGUCUCAGGACAGUUACCCCGGCUCCCCCCGGCCCUUCAGCAGCCCCAGCCACAAAGCCAGCAGCUCCCAGCCCUACCUCCCAGGGUUCGACAGCAACUGCUGUAAUGGUGUGACGUCUAAUAAGAGCCACAGCUCCUCCCCUCACAGUCACAAGCCCUGCCCCCCGGGCUCUGGCUCCACCCUCCCAGCGUCUGACAUUAGCCUCAACGGGAGCCGCAGCCAACAGCCCCUAACCAGUAGCGAUGUGGAUAUGGAAGUUGACCACUUCACCAACGGAGUGACAGAAUCGUCCUCCAACGGUUUCCUCAACGGCAGCUCCAAACACACCACCGAGCCCGACGACUGUGACGCAGACAUGGAGGUGGAGUCGGCUCAGUCCAAGCGGCAGCUGUGCGGCGGGAGCCAGGCGGCCAUCGAGAGAAUGAUCCAUUUCGGCAGGGAGCUCCAGAGCAUGAGCGAACACCUCCGCCGCGAGUGUGGCAAGAACUCGGCCAACAAGAAGAUGCUCAAGGACGCAUUCAGCCUGCUGGCCUACUCGGACCCCUGGAACAGCCCAGUCGGCUACCAGCUGGACGCCAUUCAGAGAGAGCCCGUCUGCUCCACUCUCAACAGUGCAAUAUUAGAGACUCACAACCUGCCCAAGCAGCCCCCCCUGGCCCAGGCCGUGGGUCAGGCCGCCCAGUGCCUCGCCAUCAUGGCACGAACUGGCAGCGGCUCCUGCGCCUUCGCCUCUGUGGACGAUUACCUGCACUAGCCCUGUGCGCGCACACACACACAAACACACACACACGCUCUCUGAGGACCUGUCCAGAAACCGCUCCUUCCACCUUCCUCCAUCAGUGUAGUCAUAUUAGCUGGGGAGACGCUCCUCUGCACGAUAACAAGUAGUAGAAAGUUAACCACCACACUCGCUUCUUGUUCUGCUUUUACCGAUCGGCACGACCUCCACCGAGGGUCAGCAGCCGUUUCUGGGCAGAUCUUUAGAUUGCAAACACACACACACAAAGCAUACAUAUAAAACACACACACACACACACACGCCCACCUCCUCCCUCUCCAUCGUAAAUAUGAAAUUAAGGCCUCCACCUUGGUUGGCCUCGCAAAGCCCCGCCUCCAGCCCGCCGCGGCUGCGUCUGCAUCAUUCUGACUGACAGCGGGGACGCCAGCCAAGAGUAGCCCACUUGAAAAAUACUCGGAGAGCCGUGUGGACUCGCUGCAGACACCCAGCCCCCGAACAUACCCGGGGGCCUCAAACCGGGGCGGACAGACUGACGAAAACCCCCCCGGAGGAAUAUAAAUGGAGGAAAAAAACAACGACAACAAAAAAGAAAAAGAAAAAAGACGAGUGAGCGCCAUGGCCGACCACCCUUUAACGUGGUCCCUGUAAACCAGGCAAACAAACGCACACACCAACACACGCAAACACAGAGGCAGGCUGACGCUGAAAAACAGGAUCCUAAAGUCCAACAACUCCCAACAAGUGCAACAACUCCGGUCCACACGAAGCUCCAUUAGGAACGGACUACAACCUCUCCCCCCCCCCCCACCCCCCCCGCACCGACUCCCCUCCCCCUCCACUCACUUCAGGACAUCGGCGGAGGUUUGUGUGACGCAUGUGGACUCGGGGACUUCGAGGAAGCCAGAGAGGAUCGACGGUCUCGACUCAACGUUCCCUGUUUUUAAUCUUUACGUUUUUUUUGUUUUUCAUGGGCGAAGUGGGGGGGGACUGGGGAGGGGUGGUUACCUGGCUCUUGUUUUGUUUUUAGUUUUUCCAGGUUUACAAGGCAUGGUGCAGAUGACGAUGAUUAUUAUUAUUAUUAUUAUUAUUAUUCUAAUUAUCAUUAUAUUAAUUAUUGUUACUUGCAUUCACAGUAUAUUUGUUGAGCGCCAGCAAGAGCAAGUUCCACCAACUCAUUAUAAUAAAGGUCCCGAUUCCACCGAUUACCAGUGACGAGCGUGUGUACAUGUUAACGUUUAUAUAUGAAUUUAACAAAAUGGAAUUAUAUCAAUAGAGUGAGAUAUUUAGUUAUCAAAUGAAAAAAAAAAAAAACCCAAUCCUUUAACGCUUUGUACUGACACCAGUGACUCCUGACGCGUGCUGGUUGUUUCUAGUCUGUACAAGUUUUUCUGUUUCCUGUUUUGUUGACUCCAGGGUUCCUACGCCGGUCGUCUGUGCGACCAUUUCCGGGUCUGUAAGAUUUUAGGAAACCAUAACCGCUCUUAAGUUCUGAAACUGAGUUUUGGAAGGUGAACUUCACACAUCGUGGUACUUACUGCAGCCUAGCUACAUUCGGCAAUUAAUGGGAAAGAAAAUUCAAACACUUCUGGACAAAGUCUGGAAUUCUUUGAACUGGAAACAAUGUGUAGGAACCCUGCGAUGAUCUCUGACCCAAUUUUACUUGUUACCCCCCCCCCCAAAAAAAAAAAACCCCAGCUGCACAGCAGGUUUGAUGCAAACAAUGUUAAUCUUUAUUUUCGUAUCGAUGUCUAUGCUAACCCUAACCCACAAAGAACUCAGGAGCCAAAAUGUCCCUUUGUUCCUCCUCCUCCUCCUCCUCCUCGGUUUAGAAUAGGAAGGUCCAACCGAGCAGCCGGCCGACCCCGGGCCCCGAAUACAGGUGGACUUUUUUUUUUUUGUUGUUGUUGGUUUUGCAGCACAGCGACGGGCUUUUCAGAAUUGAACUCGGACCAGAAAAACAAGCAACAGCGAAACUGAGGUGCUAAACGAGCUCUGCAUUUGAUUUAAAGUCAAACUGAAAUUUCAAUUCUUCACAUUUUUACUCUUCACGUUGUUUUGUUUUGGGGUUUUUGGUUUUUUUUUUCAGAAAAGGAUAAAAAUAUUUUUGUCAAAACACUAUAAAACCUUUAAAGUGGAAGCGUACUCAGUGCUGCGUUCCUCUCGUAUUAAGAUGAAGAAGAGCUUCUUGCUAGCAUUAGCUGUCUCUCCUUCAUGGCUCCAGAACUGGCGAUGAACCACGGCACUUAUUUUACUGCGAGAGAGUAACUAAUGUACGGAGUAAUGUCGGGAAUGUCCAAAUCAUACAUGGGACUUAGCCAGUUGUUCCCAAAAAUAAGACUUCAUUGCCACCAUUUGUUGUUUUUAUCAUAAAAAUAUGUGAUGUUUAUUAGCAUUGUCAAAACACUCAGCUGUUACUUUGUCCAGUGGUUUCCUGACAUCAGCCCCCAGCUGUUAAACUGCCCUGUUAUCUGUUAUCAAGCAAUUAUAAAAAUUACAAGUACCGACAUCGGUAGUCGGUACAGAUCCCCCUUUGGAGGAGUAGAGGGACGCCAUGGUUGCAGCAUUAAUUUCCUCUUUUCCGUUGCACUGGAAUGUAAUGAGUUAUUUAAACUUUAAAAAGAAUAGUUAAAACUGAUCACUUCAAAAAUGUUCAGCAACAAAAACUACAUUUUAUAAGUUAAACAUUCUUGGUUUAAUACUUUUUACUCUGUUUUUUCACAGUACAAAUAAAAAUGACAAAAUUAAGUCAAUGUCACUUAAAAUUAUUAAAGCUACUUAAUCAAGAAUCUUUUUAUAACUUCCAAAAUCGAGUUAGUUUUACUUUAAACUUCCCAUGUAGUCCGUUUCUUCAUCUGUUACAGUGUAAUUACAAUCCUGACCGAAAGCUGAUUUUCUUUUGUAACAAAGAAUUUUAAUUUCAGUUUGCUCUAAGGUUUAGUAGCGGAAGUGACGUUUUUGUUUUUGCUCGUUUUCAGUUUGGCCGAUAAUCACUGUCGACCCUGAACUACCCUCAGUCGCCUCCGCGUUGCUCCCUGGUAGCAUUUUGCUGUCUAGUUAUAAUUUCUAAAGCUGCUGUUGAAUUAGCAUUCAGGUAUGAAAAGCCCUCAAGUCCGCGUGUCUCCAACUUCCCAUCAUCCCUCAGAGGCGAGCUUCCUCUACCCAUUAGGUUGGGGUUUUUUUUUGUUUUAGUGCUUUAAGCAUCGUCGGGGACAAUAAAACCAGAAAAACCAUAAAAAACAUUCAGUAUUGUCGACUGCACUGUGGCUACCACGUUUAAUAAAGAACCAAAUACUUUAGGAAGACGACAUCGCAGCUGUGUGUUUGAAGCCUGUGUGUUCGUGCUCGCCACCUGCAGAGAAACAGGAACGCCGAGGCUUUCGCAAAGACACCACAUCCAUCUUUUCCUCUAGUUCCCCCCCCCCAGAGGUCUGGAGGUGACUUCUCCUCUCACGGUGCAACCGAGCUUUUCUGUACCUUCGGUUUGUUUCUUCUUCUUUUUUUUGUUUUGUUUUUGUUUUCGGAUCGCAAGCAGUCACGGCAUCGUUUAGAAAACUUCUUAGACAAAGUGUCUGUUGUCUCUUUCUGAGUAAGGUCUGAAACCUAUGCAUGCCAUAGUAAAGUGGUGGUAAGAUCAAGUUAGAUGUCUCUUAUUUUAUUCUUUUUGUUUUCUCCUUCUUCUUUUUAGCCAGUUCACGGUGUUUAAGGAAGAUGUCAACCAGUAAGUUGUCCACUGCUGACUGUGUGUCCAUUUGGAGAAAAAAAAAAAAGUGCAAUUUGUGUGAGGGUGAAAAAGAUUUAUAUUAAAAAUGACAAAUGA